AUUCAUGCCCCAACUUGGAUUAGAAUAGUCUGAAAGAGCCACGGUUGACUGAACCUGUCUCCCUUCUUUAUCCUUUUCUUUAUUUUCUUCUUUUAAUCAUUCAUUAUAUUAUAUAUAUACAUCUUCUCUAAUUUCUUAAUCAUCUCCUUAUACUUUUUUUUUUUCAAUAAAAUUUGAUCAUCUAUCUCCUCAUUCCACAAAAAAAAAAAAAAAAAAUGGCAUCCGUUGAUGAUUCAAUCACAACUCUGCAUUCGGACAUCAUUCAAACCCAAAUCUUGACACGACUUGAUGGUCCGACGCUAGCCUCCACCGCAUCAACGUCCUCUUAUCUCCAAACUCUAUGCACGGAACAAAAGCUCUGGCAAGAACUCUCAACCGCUACGUGGCCUUCAAUCAAAGAUCCACGUGUUGUCCAAGCUAUCUCCUCUUUCCCUUCUGGUUACCGAUCUUUCUUUGCUGACUCGUACCCGUUCACCGAACACACGUGCCGGUCCGAAAAACACGAUCCACCCACGGCGGGAUUGAUCUCAGCCGUUGAUUUGUAUUACAGAGGAGAGCUUAUUUACUCGAAGGUACAAGAGAUGGAAACAGAGAAAGGUAAGUCAGGAUGGUUCUUGACGUCACCGUUUCGGGUGGAUAUACUCGACCCGAAAGAGUCGGUACAAACCCGGAUUCGAUAUCCGGGUGGGGACUACGAUGCGUGGGUGAAACAUAUGGAGGAGAGCAUGAGACUUAGUUGGAUAGUGAUCGAUCCGAUCAAGAAACGGUCGGCUAAUAUAUCGAGCCGGAAGGCGGUGUCGGCGAGGCGGAACUGGCUAACGGGUGAUUUAGAGAUAAGGUUUUCGACAAUAGUGACGGCUGCAGCGGCGGCGGAAGUGGCGGCAGUUGUGUCAUGCGGGUCAGCGGAAGCGUGGAAGGAGGUGGAUGAGGAAGUGGGAGGAGAAGUGCACGUGAGGGACGUGAGGUUACAAGUAGAGGACAUAGAAGGAAAAUGUAUGAAAGGGAAGGAUAGUCUGGUAAUUUUACAAGGGUUGUUAGAAGGAAAGAGAUGUUGUAAAGAUGGUGAGGAGAGAAGAGCUAAAGAAAGGUACGAAGAAUACGUGGGGACGAAGAGACAAUGGAGAGAGAAGAAAGAGUGUAGAGAAAAAGCUCAAGACACGAUUUGUAUGAUCUUUGGCUUCUCUUUGUUUGUGCUUUUGUGGAGUUUUAUUUUGUUAAGGUAAAUUACUAAAAUGAGAUACAACGAUACGAUAACAGAAAACACAUACACACUACUUGAUCAUUAAUGACUUAAUGUUCUGUUUUUUUUUUUUCUCUUUUGUUCUUUUCAUAAUUUCAUAUGUAAUAAUGAAAACUAUUGAGGAAUAUAUACAAAGAUAUUUGGUUA